AGACCGCAGACAUUAACGACCACCACCAAAAUACCUUUACUAGAGUCUUGUCUAGGGAUUUGAACCAAACAGUUGAGAACUAAUGCUUGGAAGAUCCUGCUGAGCCAUGUAUCCAGGUGACACUUUGGAACCUGCCGUGGACAGGCACCUUCGCUUGGAAGCUUUCGAAGGCAAAUUUGACGUGAAGGACUUUGUAGGAGCCGUGUCAGAGAAGCUUAUCGCCGACUCUAAGGCUCAGGCUGGCCCAUUCGAUCCAAAGCCGUUUAUCAGGACAUUUGAGGCUGCCGUCGAUAAACUCAUUGCAGUUCGUAAAGAUGUCCAGGCCAAAACUGAACAGAUGGAGAAGAGCGUCAGAGUCGCAGAACGAGAAUACUCCAAGAAGAUGACGGACCUGAACAAGGGAUUCGAGGCCGUCGGACAAUCCUUCACUGGCAUGGAGAACAAGAUGAACGAGGUAGGACGUACAGCCAUCAGGAUAGGAGAACAGCUGGAAUCCGUUCAUCAACAACGUCAGAGAGCUCAAGCAGCUUAUGACCUCAUCGAUUUCUACAACCAGUUUUCUCGGGACGAUACUGCUCGCCUCGAUGCUAUGAAGAAGGAAGGUCGAGAGGGCAGGCGACGUGUCGCAAUACUGUUGCGGCGUCUGGGUACUGUUGCGAAAGAGGUCGAUUUGCCCACUGCUGACAAGACUCGGGAAAACAUUGACAAGUAUUGCGAGAAAUUCGAAAAAGACAUGCUACACCUCUUCGACCGAGCUUAUCGCAAAGGCGACCCGAAAGUGAUGCAUCACUGCGCACAAGUCCUCCUUGAGUUCAAUGGUGGAGCUUCAUGUGUCCAAGUCUACGUCAACCAACACGAUUUCUUCAUUAACCGUGUAAGGGAAAACAGUAGCGCUGACGCGAACGAAAUUUGGGAGACUAUACCGGAUCCUGAUCUCAAACCUCCUACGACUGAACCUGGUUUAGCUGAGCUCUUCCAAGAAAUCCGGACUACAGUUGGACAGGAAGCACAGAUUGUACAAGCGGUCUUUCCGAAUCCUCCAGUAGUUAUGCAAGUGUUCCUUCAACGCGUUUUCGCGCAAUCAAUCCAGCAGCAGAUGGAGCAACUCGUCAAUAUGGCAUUGUCGAUUUCUGACCUUUCCUUCCUUCGAAUACUUCAGAUGGUUCAUCGAGAAACAUCACACCUGGUUGAAGACCUCAAAGGAUACGAACUGCCUUCAACAAUUCCACGAUCCCCCAUUGAAGGUGGUGAAUUCAAGCGAUCUCUGACCGGAGCUCCAUCAGCACCAACGGCAGCCACUGCUACCUCGAUAAGUACUAUGCUGGAGACGGCGAUGGAAGAACUUUUCAUUCCGUAUACCGAGGGACAAAGAUACCUUGAGAGGGAGAGCAAGAGUUUAAGCGAGCUCUAUGCGAGUUUCUUAACGAACUUCACGAGGUAUCAUGAACGGAACCAAAAAGGGGGCAAAUCCACUCUUUUUGACCGAAUGGUCAACCAACUCAGUGCAGCUGCGGCUACGACCUCGACUUCGGGUACCUCCACCACCUCUGCUCAAGCUGCUGCUGCUAUUCUUCGGUACGGAGGUCUGAGUGCAACACCCGCACCUAAAGAGGAUGAAGAGCCAAUACGGGAAGAAGAUGGUCAACUGAACAUCAUCGUUGCAGAGACAAUGUUGAAAUGGCAUGCUGAGGCCGUUGGACGAUGCGUGGAGCUCAGUCAUGCGAAUGAUGUUCCGAAACAGGCCUUUUCCCUUUUGCGCGUCCUCGCUGCGGCUAUCGGUAAUGCCUAUGUGGAGAUCGCUCUGGAAACUGUCAACACACGCAUCGAAUGCGCAGAUACAAAGGUAGAACCAAGUCUUCAACCUCUGACCGUUCUGCACGAAGUCGACUUGAUAUGUCACCUCUGGCAACAAUACGUCAAUAUGGCACUUCUACCUCUUGCCAGUGCAUCGGUCACUAUCCGACGAGAAAUGGUUGUUUUCAAUAACCAGACCGUUAGUAGGAUUGAAGGUGCUGCGAAUCAGAUCAUGCAGCGUCUGACGGAUACUCUUAUAUCGUGGCUCUCGACGCAGCUCACGAAGCAAAAGAGGACAGACUUCAAACCUCGAAACGAUGAUCUCUCGUUCGCACGCGUGAACACUGAACCAUGUAUCGCUUGCUGCGAGUUCCUGGAGAAAGUACGGGACGCAGCGAGGGAGUCAUUAAGUGGUAAAAACUUGGAAGCCUUCUUGACAGAAGUUGGCGUAGCGUUCCAUGGUCUACUACUGGAUCACCUUAAGAAGUUCCCUGUGAGUGCAACAGGAGGGUUGAUGCUUGCCAAGGACCUGAAGUCAUACCAAGAUAUCAUCGCCACAUUCAACAUUCCCUCCCUCCUAGAACGUUUCGAGUUCCUCCGUCAACUUGGCAACGUCUUCCUUGUGCGGCCAGAUAUCCUCAAGUCCUAUAUUACAGAAGGUUACCUAGGGCGUAUCGAUUCAUCCCUCUUACGACCAUAUCUCGCUCAGCGGAGUGACUGGGGACAAGCUGAGAAGGGAUUCAAUAACAGUACUGAAGAUGGUACGACUGAAGGUCCAGGUGGUAGAGGGUUGAAAGAUAGGUUCGGAAUGGGAAGGUUGAGCAUGAUCAUGAAGGAUUUGGAACCCUUGAGGGAUCAGCUACCCUCGAGUUUGCCUAGUUUGCCUGGUUCCUUUCUAUAGUACAUACAAUGCAUAACUUAUUCUCCUUU